AUGGUGAGCAACCGGGCUUCCCUGUGCAGGGUUAGCUUUCGAAUCCUGGAGCUGCCCCCGCACCUCACCUGGAAGCUGCUCUUCCUGCGGGGGCCGCUCUACCGCAACCUGCUGCGCUCGCCCAACCCCGAAGGCAUCAACAUUUACGAGCCAGCGCCCCCUACGGGUCCCACCCAGCAACCCCUGGAGACUCUGGGCAAUUUCCGAGGCUGGCACAUUAGGACUGAGAAGCUCCAGCAGGGCCUCAGCUGGACGGUGAAGCAGCAGUGUGUGGACCUUCUGGCCGAGGGCUUGUGGGAGGAGCUGCUCGAUGAUGAGCAGCCACACAUCACGGUCAUGGACUGGUAUGAGGACAGCCGACUGGAUGCAUGUGUGUAUGAGCUGCACGUCUGGCUGCUGGCAGCUGACCGCCGCACAGUCAUCGCCCAGCACCACGUGGCCCCCCAGACCUGUGGGAGAGGCCCCCCCGGCCGCUGGGUCCAGGUGAGACUCCCUACCCCGGCUGCCACCUGUACACAUGCUUUCGUGUCCCAAGACCUCACAGAGGGAGGAGAGCAGGGUUUACGGGUCCCUACUAAGAACUUCUUCCUGACCCUGGUGCUGCCCCAGGUGUCCCACAUAUUCCACCAGUACGGCCCCGGCGUCUGCUUUGUCCACUUCUUGCGCAAGACCAAGAACCAGAUGGAGCACGGUGGGCUGCGGCGGACGAGGGUGACCGACUCCUCCGUGUCUGUGCAGUUCAGGGAGUGACUGGCUGGGUCCCGGCCCGUUCUGACCCCUUGUCUUAUCCAUCCACCCCUUGACACCUCCCUGAGCCCUUAGCAUCUUCUUGUUCCUUUAUCACUUCUGACAUCUUAGCAUCUCUCUGACCCCACAGCAGCUCCCUGACCCUUAGAAGUCCCUAACCCUUAGCAGCUCCUUGACCCUUAAGUUCCACCAUGUUCCCUGAGCACCUCCCUGCUCCCUUUAGACUUUUGUGACCCCUCAGCUGCUCUUGGAUCAUGUACUACCUCCUAAGCCCUGUAAUCCUGCCUGGCUCUUCGUUUCUCAUUUGACAUCUUCACACAUCUUUGAAGGUCUGACUCUGUGGCAGUUUCCAUGAGGGCAGCAGCCACUUCUUCCUGAGCCAGUGCUUGACAGAUAGUAGGGGUCAAUGCAGCUCUGUUGACUGAAUGAAUAAAUACAUGGGCCCAAGGAUGUUGACUAUUCCAUGGUGUUUGCUCCUUAGAACCUCACCAAGGGACUUCCCUGAUGGUCCAGUGGUUAAGAGUCUGCACUUCCACUGCAGGGGGCAUGGGUUCGAUCCCUGGUGGGGGAACUAAGAGACCACAUGCGGUGUGACUCGGCCAAAAAAAACCAAAAACAAAACAAGAACUUCACUGAGUUCAUUUCCCACCUUCCCACUUGCACAUCCUCUAAUCCUUGUCCUCCAGUGCCUCCUUUGACCUCUGAUCUCCUCACAUAUCCCCAGUUUAUGGCCUCGUAGCAUCUCCACUUCCCUCUUCUCCAGUGUCUCUUAACUCUCAGAAUCUCCCCGGAUUGCCUUCCUCCCUCCAAUCCCAAGGUAUCAUCCCCCCAGAGCUGUCCCCCUACUUCUUCUCCCCUCAAGACCCUUCAUUUCUCUUCUCUCACUCCU